AUGAAAUUUAUUUCUUUUUUUAUUACUUUAAUUUUAAUUUCAAUUUUAAAUAAUUUUGUUUUAUCAUCAGGUACAACAGUUAGUGAUGUUACAUUAAUAGUAAAUUUAAAUAAUAAUAAUAGUUAUCCAGUUAAUGGGUCAUGUGGUAGUAGUACUCAAUUAACAUGUAAUAAUAUAAAUGAUGCAAUUAAUUAUUUUAAUACUAUUGCAGUAAAUGUUAAUAGAAGUUCAUCACAAAUCAUUUAUCAACAAUUGAAUCUUUUAUUAGAUGAUGGUAAUUAUUCAACAACAGCAACAACAACAACAAUUAAUUUAUAUCAAUUUAAUAUAACAAUUUCACCAUUAAAUCCAAGUUCAAAUAAAGUUAUAAUUAAUGGUUUAAAUUCAAAUUCAUCAAUGUUUUCUGUAACUCCAUUUAAUGGUAUUGUAGAUAGUAAGGGGCAAAAUUCAUAUAUUUUAAUCACUGGAAUUCAAUUUUUAAAUUUUAAACAAUCAAUUAUUCAAGUUUCAACCAAUUAUUCAUUCACUGAUAUUAGAUUUGAAUCAUGUAUAAUUGAUCAAUACAAUUCAAAUAAUUCAAUGAUUGAAAUUAAUAAAUUAAUUAGUCAAGAUUUAAUAUUACCAAAUAGUCAUUUAAAAAUUAAUAAUUCUCAAAUUUCAAAUAUUCAAAUUGUUAAUAAUGCAUCAUUAAUUUAUGCAAUUAAUACAAUUAUUGGUAUUUUUCAAACAUCAGUUAUCAACGCAACUAAUGUUCAAAGUAUUAUUGAAAUUUCAUAUGGUCAAAAUUUAGAUGUUGAAUAUUCAGAUUUCUCAAAUGUGAAUAGUGUUUAUGGUAUUUUCAAUGUUUUAAAUACUCAAGUCUCAAUUGGUGAUGGUAAUUUCAAUAAUAACAUAGCAACAAAUGGUGCAUCAGUUUUAACAUUUACAUCAAAUGUCACUAGUGUAUACAAUGCUGGUGUUGCUCGUUGCAAUUUCAAUGAGAAUAGUGGUACUGAUGGUGGGGUUUUCCAAGGUGUAAAUACAGAUUCAAGUUUGGAAGAUUACAGCUCAAGUAUCACCAGUUGUACUUUUUCAGGUAGUAGUGCAAAUAAUGGUGGUGCAAUCUUUGUAGAUAAUAUACCUCUUUCAAUUGUUAAUUGUCAAUUUAGUGAUGUCACUGCAAAUGUUGCUGGUGCAUUUGUUUAUAAUAGUAAUAAUCAUUUUGCAAUGACAAAUGUUACAUAUACUGAAAAAUCAUUAAAUACUACAAAAACAAAAACAGCAACAACAUCUGGAAUUGAAGAAUAUGCUAUUUAUAUUUCAAGUUCAAGUGGUUCAAUACAAAAUGCUACAUUUGAUGAUAAUAGUUAUUCAAUUUUUUGUAAUACUUCAACUGUUAAAAUUGAUGCAACCUCUAAGGUAUCAACAUUUACUUGUGCUCAGUGUAAUAUGGUUUUAGGUCAAAAUCAAAUUUGUAGUGUUGGUGGAAGUUCAGUUUCAAGCUCAACUUCUGCUUCUGGUUCAAGUUUGUCUGUAAGUAGUAGUGGUGCUCAAUCAUUAACUGUCACUUCAACAAGUUCAACUCCUCAAACUUCUGGUACAGGUUCAAGUUCAAGUACAAGUUCAAGUACAGGUUCAAGUACAAGUUCAAAUUCUCAUACUAUUAUUACUACCACAACAACUGGUGUAUCUAAUCAAUUAUCACCAUCAUUUUCAAUUUUAAUUUUCAUUAUUUUAUUAUCAUUACUUUUAAUUCAAUCAUUUUAA